AUGACCUCCCCCAACGACUGGGCCCAAAUUGGGCCAAUACUACCCUCGAAGCCGCCGACUCCAACGUCGUCUACAAGGCCGGCCUCAUCCCAGCCCACCAACAACGUAGAGGGCCGCGUCGGCAAGUCUGCCCGAAGCGGCCCGGGCCUCGAGAGCACUCCGACGACGAUGCUCAACACGGACCCGACCAACUUCCGGGCCAUGGUCCAGCAAUUCACAGGGGCUCCAGUUGGGCCGUAUGCAUCCCCUUCUCGGCCCGUUAUCAGCUUUGGGCUCGGGGAGGGCGUGCAGGUCCAACAACAACACCCAGGCCAACUUGUGUGCUCACGUGGGCAGUUUGGGCAGUUUGACGAGGCGGUAACGUUACCGGGAGGUACCGUUAAUGAUGGGUUUAGUAUCAGCUCUGCUGCCGCCAGUAACAACGGGUUCUUUUUGGAGGGGAUGAUGGGAGGUAACAGUAGGAGCGGGGGGUAUUUUUUGUAA